CAGGAACGCCCCGAUCAUCUUCUCUUCGGAAGCUUUAAUUGUGGUUUUCUCGUCCUGCUCACCUGUACUACCCGUGAAGCUUCUGUUGUGUUGAAGUUAAAGUUUCCUCUAGAUGGCAAGUAAUGGGGAAGAGGAAGAGGCACCUCCUCGUGGAAACGAGUGGGAGGUUGUAUCCCUUGCAUCGUCGGCAUAUGCUGCCCUGAAUAAUGAUCGCCAAACAUCUGAGGCGAUGUUUAUGUCUGGUCACUUUGUUUUUCCACCAAGUCAGCAUGAAAAUUUACCAUUGGAAACAGAGAAUAUUAGUGAGACCCAGAUUGAACAGGCUGUAGAAAAUGUGGAAUUCUUAAGCGAGGAGGUAACCAUUAAACAAUUCGGCUCAUCUGGAUUUCAUGGGAUUCAGAUCUUUGAUGAUUAUGGAAAUAUCUUACCCAUUUGUGAUGCAUAUUUGGAAGAAGAUACCGCAGCACAUGAGGUUGAUUUGGAAGAUAAUGAUUCAGUUUUACACAGUACUGCACUGCCUAGUUCCUCACAUAGUAAUGAAAACAAGGAUGGAUCAAAUAUUGUUGAGGAAAGCAGUUCAAGAAAUUGCCAGUCUGAACCUUCUCAGCAAGAAUCAAAUACGAAUGAGCAUGACAAUGAGAUUCCUUGCCAAGCUUGGUGGAAAAGGAAAACUGCUUCUCUUGUUUCACAUGCUAAAGAGGCAAAUACGUUUUGGUCUGUCUUUGUUGCGGCAGCUGUAAUGGGACUUGUGAUUCUUGGUCAGCACUGGCAGCAAGAGAGGUGGCAGAUCUUGCAAAUGAAGUUGCAUCGUGGACUUCAUGAUGAGAGGAUUGUCCGGAUGUUUGGUCCCCUUUCGCGGAUUAAAGACAUAUUUGUGGGUGGUCACAACCGGGGUACAUUCAUCAAAGACAGCGUCUCUUCUGUACGACAUUAAAUAAAUACCAUACAAGACGGAGGACAAGAGAGGCUCAAGUAGGCCAGUGAGUUUGUCUCGAAGGUUAGUCUUACUUUGUGUUCUACUUGUGACUGAGGAGACAACUGCUGUAAACAUAUAGUGCUUUCCCCUAUGUUCCUCCACAAUCGUAUUUGGUAAUUUUAAGGAUGGAUCUCCGUUGUAAGGUGACAUUAUUCAGGGACGAUUUCUCACAACACUUGUAUUCCAUGAA